GUCGAGAUGAUCACGAGGUAGAUGUACCUGUUCCUGCACUAACAUCCUCCGCUUCUGCCAAGCGCUUUUCUUGUUAAGACCCUAAUAAUUGUCUCUGAAUCACAUGCAACAGCCCUACCAGCGGAUCCCAGAGGCGCGACGUCAUCGGGUCCAGGUCCCCGUGGAACGAUUUCUUGGCAGCAAUGACGACGUCGUUCGUUCGUUUGUUUGUGUCUCUUUGUACCUUGAUGGUCACCUCGUUCAUCAUUUCCUUCCGAUCCACCUUCAACAUCUCUUUCCUCUUUCCUCUUUCCCCAACCUCACUGUCUCGAUCUAUCGUGCGAUCGAUUUCCGCUCCUGGUACAUACGCUCCCGGACACUACUCACUUGGAACAACGAAACAACACACCGCGAAGACAUCGCAACAACCUACGAGAACAACACAAAGCAAGAAGAACAACAGAUACCUUUGUAAUAAAUCAACCGCAGCACAAAAUGGCACCUCCACGCAAACCAGAAGACUACACCCUCCGCGUCACCGCCGGUCCCUCCUACGACCUCUCCACCCACGUCCAAGUACCCAUCAAUUCUCCCAGGUUAACUCACAUUGAGUCUGACGAAGGGAUGGACAUCGACCUCAACGUGCGCAUCCAGAAUUACCGCGGGUUGCCGAGGGGGUCGCCGGAGAGUUCGGCGUACUUCGAUAGGGAGCCGCAUAGAUACAACAGGGAUCAGUAUUCGAUUGGCUUAAGAUUUACGCCGAAACGUCCCAAGGGGGUGACGGGGAAGUCGGGUGGGGGUGGGGAUGGGGAUGGGGAUGGGGCUGUGGAAGGGGACGGGAUAUCGGCGGCGGACUUACAAUUUGGUAAUGAUUUUGAUCAUCCUAUUCGGAAUUAUCUGCCGCCCGGGGUCAAUACGGCGAUGAAUAUCCUCAAGUGGUGGAUCGAUCCGGGACUGGAAGGGGAUGCGUACGCGGAUGAACCGUUUCUUUAUGGGCCUGCUUUGUCAAGUUUCAACUCUGUUCGCGUUGGGGCUGGGGAACAUGACGAAGAAGGGGGUGGACUGUGGGUGGAAGAAGGCGCCAGUUCUGAAUCCGAUAAUGAAGACGGCGAUGAAGACGAAGACGAUGACGAACCAGCAGGAGCGGAAGAGAAACAGGAGAAGGGGACCGAGGGCGAUAACCACGGAGCUGCUGGACAAGGGCCCAAGAGCAACAACAACAACAACAAACCCAGCAGCACCUCCAGCAAAAAGUGGAGAGCCCAAGUCCUCGCAAACUCCGGAGUCGGCAACGACCCCAAGAAGCGCCAAAAAUGGGCAUUGAAGGAUGACGCCAAGAAGAAAUGGGUGUGGGAGUAUGGCAGAACCUACGCCGUCGAUUUCUAUAACCCGUACAUUGAUUUCGGCAAGUGCGAGCUCAAGUUACCUGGUUUUGGAGUGAAUGUGUUGAGGUAUUGGGAUGGGGAGACUGGGUUGAGAUACGUCCUCCGCAACCGCCUCACCAAAAAACCCUACCUCGUCAUCCUCUUCACACUCUACCCGAACGACAUGGUGAACGAAGAUGGCACACUCAAGCCUGAUGCGUUGAAUGCUACUGCUAGGGCUAGCGGUGGUGCAAAGACUGAGGACUAUGGGGAGGGUGAAUGUGAUGCGAAGGCUGCUGCGGAUAAGAAAGAAGUAGACAGUUUCAAGGAAGACAAGGCACUGGAUGAGGCUAGGGAAAAGUUGGAGGGUGUUCCGGGAACGGCUGGAGAUGAUGAUGUUGAUUGAGGGGAAUGGGUCCGUGGUAAUGGGUAUUGGUGAGGAGAGGAAUAGGAGUUGAGAGUCAGUGUGUCAGUGGUGAUGAAUGAUAUUCUAGUUGAACUUGGAUGUUUAUUGAUUCACCUAGGUAUAUAAUGUAUACAGUUUUUGAACUACCUUAUCAUCCGCAUGCUCGCUAACUACCACACCACACCACACUGGUAUUUUACAGCAGAAGC